GAAGAAGUGAACAGCAGGACAAUGAUUCGCGAAUUCACCGGUCGUUUCUAUAUCCAGUUGUUGUUUGUUCUAUCGACGGCAGUGCACAAUCAUGCUCAUUCGAUCGUCGAAAGCGAAUCCGCCGGGGGCAGCAGUGCAGUUGCAUAUCGCAGUGGUGGAGCCACAGCUACCGGGCUGGAAUCCAAAUCGUUCUACCGCAUCAGCUGUCCGGGUUCGAGCGAAUGUGUCCCCUUGGCGGAAUGUCCCGAAAUGCUGCUGGAAACUGCCCGCCAGUGCUACCGAGGUGACUUUUCACUGUCCUGCGGGGUCAACGAACUGGAGCCACACGUUUGCUGCCCACGACGGCACCAGCAGCAGCAACCUCAGAGUGAUGGUGUCUUCGAUGAUCGGAAUCCCGAUGUCGGAUGCGGAAAAAGCAUCGUCCAAGGAGACUACUACCAUGGGCUGGGGGCGUACCCCUUUGUGGCGCGAGUUGGAUUCAAAAACACCAAAACGGGGUCCUUCAUUUACCCUUGCUCUGGAUCGAUUAUCGCACGGCAGAUCAUCCUAACUUCAGCGCACUGCGCUCUGGCUAAAGCCGACAGCCAUCGAUUAUCAUCCGUCCGAAUAGGAGACUACGAUACACGCACCGAUCCGGACUGCGGAAAUACCGGAUUUUGCGCACCAGCUGCCAUCAACCAUGCCGUUAGCCAAAUAAUUGUUCACCCGGACUAUGUGGACGGCCAGUAUCAUCAUGACAUUGCACUGCUGGUGCUGAAAACGCCGAUCAAUUACACGGUGGCAGCACAACCCAUCUGUUUGCACCGGCGACGCCAAGAGUUGACCGUAGGCCGGCGUGUGCAGAUCAUCGGUUGGGGUAAGCUUUCGACCAGUGGCUCCAAGUCACCAGAAAUGCAAUCGCUCGAAGUUCCCCUGACGUCAUGGGACCAAUGCGUAAGGUCUUACUCGGCCACGGGUGCCCUGCAAUCGACCAAGUCCAUCGAAGGCGAGUGGAUGUGUGCCGGUGGUGAAGGUCGCGAUGCAUGCCUCGGUUUCGGGGGAGCUCCGCUGAUAAUAAAAGAACGCAGCCGGUAUGCCCAGAUAGGGAUCAUGUCAUUUGGAGCGGAAACGUGCGGUGCGGUCAACAUGCCUAGCGUGUACACCUCGAUUGCACAUUACGCGCACUGGAUCGAGUCCAACUCACCGACGACCUUUGUGUGAAAUAGGUAAUCGCCGUAAUCGGGAGGAAAUGCCAAUUAAGUAGUCAUAAUUUUAUUUUUAUUGUAUGUAUGUUAGUUAUAUUUAUGUGGAAAAUACGUAACAAUAAAGUGCUAAUCUCACAAUC